GUGAGUGAGAAAGAGAGAGAGAGAGACGACGCGUCAUCCAGACAUAAAAACUGCCAUUAAACGGUGCAGCCUCGCGGAGACUCUCGCGUCCACAGACCGUGUGUGUACUCGGGGAAAACCCCUUCGCGUGGAUAUAAACGCAGCAGUGGAGUCCACGCGGCGCGCGCGUCACUUUGGAGACGAGUGCGUGUUUUGUUUUGUUUGUUUUGUUUUUAUAAAAUCAAAUUGACAUACACUGUAUAGAUAAAUUGACGCGCUUUAUGGACACACUUCUUUUAUAGGACAUGACGGGGACUCAGUUUCUCUCCUGCAAAGCCAAAACUCCGCUCAAUGCGAGGGGAGCCCGAAGUUCAUAAAAAGGGAUUAUUUGCAUCUGGGCGCGCGCGGAUCGUCGCUGCCUCCGGAUUUUACUUUGGAUUUUGGGGAUUUUAUUGCGUCUCGCGGCGAUGGAAAGCCGAGAUUUCGCUCCUCCGCACCACCUCCUGACGGAGCGGAGCGCGCUGGUGCACAGCGCCGCGUCUCGGAUGGCGCAAGGCGGCCACGGCUCCGUGCAGCACCCGGCUCACUUCCAACCCGGGAAAUACUUCUCACCCCACCUCUCCAUGGCACCGCACUCAGGUGCUUCCUUCAUGGGUUCCUUCCUGGCCAGCAGUCUGGGGUCCCCAGCGUCACACCCUCCUCACCCGUCAGGACCUGCUGCCUCCCCAUCCUCCCCCUCGUACAGGACUGGACCCCAUUCGAGUGCUUCACCGAUAUGGUUCCCCCAUUCACAUGAAGGGUACCCCAGCUAUUCAGGAAGUCUUGCUUCUCCUUUUCUCCCCAUGAGUCCCCUGGAUCACCAUAGCAACGGUCUCUAUGGACAGCACCGCUUUUAUGACACUCAAAAAGAUCACUUCUACCUAAGAGGCCUUCCUCCGCAGCCCCCUUUGCUCUCCACCAAUCACAGCCUCCCUCCUUUGUCCAGGACUGCACCCGGCCAUCCUCUUGGCUCUUGCAGCCGUGAGACAGACAGCGGGGGAGGAGGCGGGAAGAGCACCAAGGACGCGAGUGAGAAAGGAGUUUCCUCUGUGUCAAAGGACAAGGAGCGAUUGAGCAGCAAGGACCGGCACCAGGAGAGUAAAGACAAACAACACCAGCUUCAUCAUCACCACUCCCAUCAGACAAACCCUGCCACCACUCCGUCUGGCUACCAUCACCAGGCGUACCCCCACCCGCACCAUGCCCUCCUCCCUCAUCUCACAUCCCAGAGCAGAGAGGAGGACCACAGACACUCUCUGGAGAGACACAAAGAGUACAGAGACAGUGAUUCAGGCAGUCAGGGGACAAAAAGUAUGACUGCCUGUAAACUAUCCAGCGGUUCAGGGUCAGAAAGUGGCUCCAAAGGUGGAGCAAUGAGCAGCUGCAGUGGUGGUGCGAUGGGGAGACCUGUAUCUGGAGGAGGCAGGCGGUGCUCCAAAGAUGGACUCAUAAAUGGGGAAAUGAGGAUUAGUGAACCCUCAACAUCCUCCUCUGAAUGUAUGAGACGAGGGACCGCUGCAGCGACAACCAUCUUGGCACCUCCUACCCCUCACUCCUACUCAAUGCCUCCUCCUCCUCCUCCUCCACCACCUCCUCAUGCCUUACACAUGGGCUCCCCAGUCACAGGAGGGUGGAUACAUCACACACAUCACCAUCCUCAUCCUGACUUUUACUGUUCCCCUCUUACACUAACGCCCUCAAAAGACACCACAUCCACCCCUGGAGGGUCUGGCAGGGAGGCGAAAGUAAUUGGCCCAACCUAUGUGCCCUCAGUUGGACCUCUAGGAGACCUGGCAGCCCCAGAUUGUCGUGGAGCAGGAGGUGGUGGCAGAAAGGGAGAUGAUAAGAGUGGUGAAGGAUCUUAUGAAAGUCAUUCACAUCACCUUAGCCGACUUAACAGUUGCCAGAAGAAGGACAAAUCACAGCCAUACCAUCAGCACCUGGGAUAUGGCAAAGCUGACAAGCCUCCAGACUGGAGCCACCAGACGCAGAACUUCCACAAACCCAGCUCCAACACCAGCUCUCAGCCUGAGCUGCGAUCUUGCAGCCUGGACAGAGCGUCAUCCUCUCGAGAUGUAGAGAUUGUGGAUGAUGUUUACCGGCCCUCACUCCCACUUGAUGCCCAAAGGACACACCCUACUGUUGGACAGAGUACAUCAAAGGGUGGCUCUGAUAGUAGCACUCCUCCCUUCAGGGACUGUUCCUACUCGGGCCCUCAUUCUGAUGGGAAGAUGGGAUCAGGGACUCAGAGGGAGGGACAAAAAGUUGCAAGGAUAAGGCACCAGCAGCACAGCAGCCAUGGUGCAAGUACAGAAGAUCGGGGGAGAGAUGGAAGUCAUACAGCAUCUUCUUGGGGAGCUCGAGAGAGUCAUCAGGAGGACCAGAGGAAAAGCUCCCAUCAUGCAUUGGUUGGUAGUGGUGAAGUAAGAGGCCUCAGCAAGAGAGCUCCAAAUAAUGACCACAACCAGCCCCAUUCUCAGCCACCUCCACCACUAUCCCGCUCCUCACCGCACACUACUGAGGAUGUAGGCAGUGCCAUGAAGAACCUAAUGAACUACAGCUCCCAGCAGCCUUUGCUGCUGCCACAGCGAAGCCCUUUUGGAGGUCUGGGCUGCCUUAAACAAGGUGGCGAGAGAUCAGAGAAGGGGGAGAAAGGAGUGGCCAAGAGCAGCACCUCCCCACAGGACCCUCCUAAACAGUCGCUCCCUCCUCGCCGAGGAUCCAUUAAUGAGGGAGAGAGGGGUGACCGAGGUGGGAAAGAGUCUGGGGAUGCAGGAGAGGGGGAGGUGCGACAGCCUCCGGUUGGUAUUGCCGUAGCGGUAGCCCGGCCACCCCACCGUUCCCCAGAAAACACAACUGGACACAGCAGACAAGGCAGGGUUCUGCCCAGCAUGAAAGGUGUGUCACGUCCUGUGUAUCCUCUUGGCCGGGAGGCAGAGGAGAGGAAGAGGAUGACAGAGGAGCAGAUUGGCCUUCAUCAUCUGGACAGAGACAGGGAAAUAAUCAUCAGGGAAAACAAGGAUAGAGUGGAGUUUGCCAGGAUCCACCCCUCCAGUAGUUGCCAUGGUGACCUGACCUCCCACCUCUUGGUUCCUGGAGGAGCCAACCAGUUAGGGGCGGACCCGGCUGCACACGCUCACCCAGCUCACCACCAUUGGAUGCAGAGGACAGGAAGUCCCUCCCUUUGGAUGGGGCAUUCGUACGGUCUAAGUCAUGUGGGAAUGAGCCCCGGCUUUCCUACAGGUCUGCCCAGCCCUCUGCAGCCCGUCUUGGGGUCACUGACCCAAGACCCUAACUCCCCGCUGGUGGUUCUUCCUACAGAACCUGGGCCACAUCAUCAUCUCGAUGUUUUGGAGCAGUCAGGACUUUGGCCUCCUGUAUACGGAGCCCGCGGUCCUCCUCACCUGCAGCAUCACCCAGUCUACUCUCGCUCCUCAUUCCUACGGCAACAGGAGCUCUAUGCCCUGCAGCAGCAGCAGCACCAGCAUCGAGCCAUGGAGCACAUGCAGCAUCACUCCAUAGCACAGAGAAAACACGAGGAGCACGCCAUCACCAUAGAAGAUUCUCCUCACGAGUCCUUAUCAUCCCGGACUCCACCUUCUUCUUCCUCGUCCCAUGCAGCCAAACCCUUCUCCCACACUCCUCCCCCAACAAAGACGCCCACUCCGUCUCCAGGAAUGUGUCCCGCCAGCCGGCAGUCCCCCUGCUACCACUCCCCGUCCAGACGUUCUCGACCGCAGAACCCUCUGACUCCUGCGCCAAGCCCGGCUGCGGCGGCUCCCCGCUCCCCGGCGCUGAGUCCAGCUCCUUCACAUCUGUCUAAAGGCCUGGAGAGGAGCAGUGACAGAGGAGAGGGGCAGCCACCUCAGGAUUACCCACAGUCCCUCGAGCCAGACUUGCCACCUGUUUACUCCUACCCUCCAAUCACCAUGGGCUACAAGGCUGGACCUUCACCUGCUGAAGCUCGAUUGGCUGAACAAGCUACGGUGGAGGCAGAGCCAGCAGAACCAGACUCCAAGUCCCUCCCACGUCCACACCACAUGACCCAAGAAGAGAAAAGAAGCAGGGAAGAAGAAGAAGAGGAUGUGAGAGACUGUGAAGUGUUGGAAUCUCAGAGUGGAGUUGCAGAAGAAGAGAAGGGGGAAAGGAGGGCGGAAGCAAAAGGAUGCUCCGUCUCAGAGCCAGGGAGCAAGCUUUCUGGAUCCUCGCCAUGCCCUUCCCCAGCUCCAGUCCCAGAUCCAGCCUGCCCAGCCACAGCCACCGGCAUAACCCUAAAAGUAGAGCUCUCUCUGGGUUGUCAGGGCCAGGAGGCCAGCCUGGAGGAGCCGCAGCUAUCCAAAGAGCAGGAGGAUGAUCUGGAACGUGGAAAAGAGGACAUGGUAGAGGAUGAGACGGAGAGAAUGAAGCCUGACCCAAUAGAAUGUACCGUCUCUGUGCCUGUAGAGCCUGAAGAGCAGAACAAUGAGGAGGAAGAGGAGGAGUGUGACAAAGAUGGAAAGAUUGUAGAUGUAGCUGAGGAUGACAAGAAGGAGGAGGAGGAGAGUGGCACAAGUCCUGAUGAAGACUUGGUGGAGGUUACCUGUAGCUCUCCUGCUCCUUCUCCAGCCUGUGAAGCCGCCCUCCUCACUCCCUCAGCAAGCACAGCCGCGCAGCUCCAAGGAGCCUACAUGUGGAGCCUGGAGCUCCUGAUCGCAGCGGCUCUGUGCGCCACCAGAGAUGCCUUGUACCCACCUGCACCUGUCGCCCGGGCCCCGAGUCCUCCACCUCACCACGGUAUGGAGAUACUGGGAGAGUUGGCCGAGCUGGAGAUCCAGCAGAGGAACAGAGAGAGCAAAGAGAACGUCACCGAAGGUGAGGACAUGCUGACCUUCGACCUCCACAGUCUGGCGACGCUGGCGGCCGCCCGUGCUCUGGAGAUGAACGAAGGAGGAGGAGGAGCCGUAGAUGUUGGCGUGGAGCGGCAGUGUCCCAUCAGGAAGAGGCUCAACCUGCGCAGGAAGUGCAGCUGGACGCCUCGUCACGAGCCGGUGUGCCCAGUGAAGGGCUCCAUGGAGACAAUGGGAGGGGAGGAGUUGGCCAUGCGCGUCCAGCUGGCUGAGCUACAGCGCCGCUACAAAGAGAAACAGAGAGAACUGGCCAAGCUACAGAGGAAACACGACCACCAGAAAGAGGAGACGUCUCGCAGCCCCGCGCGCCGGGGGCCCGGCCGCCCCCGCAAGCGCAAGUCCACCCCCGGCCCAGCUGCCGCGGAGAGUUCCAAGAGACUCAGGGCUGAGCUGAAUUUGUUGGAGGAGAAAGCCAGGAAGAAAAUGACCAGUCAUGGACUGAAGAGCCUCAGUGGUGCACAGAUGAAAGCUUGCUGUAAGCACAGAGGAAGACCCAGCACUCUGAGCUCCAGGUUGGCCAGGCGGGUCACCCAGCUGAAGCAGAAGGCCGCAGCGCAGCGCGGUGCACCGUCGGCAGCCGCGCUGCACUGCAGAGGGGACCCCCGGGCAGAGGAGGCGCCCAAGAGUCACUGCAGGCAGACGGGGAAAGAUCUUCAGCAGGACUGGGCAGCCGGUCAGAAGAGGAAGAGAGGACGGAAGCCCAAAGUGUUGUUGGGCGUCAACUCGAACAGAAGUCAUCAUAAAGAGGACCAGACGUCUGACAAACAUGGAGUUAGGGGAGAGAAGAGUGACAGCGAGAGCUCAGAACAUGACGACGAUGACGACGACGGCAGCUACGACAGUGAAGACGGAGCUGGUGACAUCAAGGCUAAAGAAAGUGCUGCAAACCCUGGACCAUUUUCUUCACAAUCUUCCAAGCUCCAAACCAACCAGAAACCCAGGAGUAAGAGACCAGAGCCUACAGGCAUCGAGCACAUGUCCAGUACAGCGCACAGAAAACCAAGCUUUGCCAACUCAGAGCGGAGAUGUUCGGACCACCAGGGGACUAAGAGAGCUUCUCUGCCCAGCUGGGGCGUGUCGUCGGUGGGCCGCAGCUUUGGGGACGGACGGGUGAACCACGGAGCGGUGACGGAAGCAAAUAGGAGCAGCAAGGAUUCCGUGAGGAAGACCUCAGUGGGACAAAGCAUUCUGGGGAAGGCCAAGGGCCACGCGGUGAGCCGGCUCCUGCAGAGCUUUGCAGCCGACGACGGCUUCCGCUUGGACGAGGAGAGCAGCUUCUCCGAGGGCGAGGAGGAAGACGAAGACGAGGAGGAGGAGGAAGAAGAGGAGGAUGAAGAGGAGGAGGAGGCGAAGGAGAAGAAGUCAAUCCACCUUCCCCCCAACAUGCCUUGCAGAAUACCCGCUCUGCCCAACUGUGUGCUGAGUAAGGAGAUGCUGGUGGACGGGCUGAAGAUCCUCAUCUCUAAGGAGGACGAGCUGCUUUACGCCGCCUGUGUUCAAACUCUGGACCUGCCUGACAUAUUCAGUGUUGUAAUUGAAGGAGAGCGAGGGAAUCGCCCCAGGAUCUACUCGUUGGAGCAACUUCUCCAGGAAGCAGUUUUAGACGUGCGGCCUCAGAAUGAAGCCAUCUUGACUGCAGGGACGCGAGUCUGUGCCUACUGGACCGAGCGCUCUCGCUGUCUUUACCCUGGAUAUGUCCACCGAGGUGGUCCAGCUGAGGCAGAGAAGGAGGGCAGCGUGAUGGUGGAGUUUGACGACGGAGACAGAGGAAGGAUCUCGCUGGCAAGCAUCAGACUUCUGCCUCCCGGUUACCAAAUCUGCUGUGCGGAACCUUCUCCAGCUCUUCUGAUCUCCCCUGGUCGCCGCGGUCGACGAGGCUCCACCCAGGAGAAGAAAGACUCACUGAUGGAGAAACCAGCCAAUGAGGAACUGGCAGGGAAGCCUCAGGAGAAAAGACCAGUUGGCAGACCGAAGAAAAUUCACUCAGUGCCUAAGACUGCCAGCGCGCCGACGUCAGUAACGGACACCGUAACCAAAAACACCACCUCUUUGUUGAACUGGUCCGUGCCCAGGAAGAGGCCGCCCGUCGACUUCUUCCUCUUCAAUGGCACGUCCCGUAAGACCCAGAGGAGAAUACGAGAGCGAGAUUUGGGUUUGUUCCACCGGCCGGCUUCUCACCCUCUAGUACCCUCGGCGCCUAUCAAAGGAAUCUUUGGCUCUCCCUUUGUAGUGGACUCAUUCAGUAGCAUCGCCAACGGCUACGCUGCCUUCGGAAGUGGCGGCAGCUCUGGAGCCGGGCGACCGGUCUCCACGGUAGCGCCGAUUGGGCCGAGGGACUCCUCGGCUUGUUCCUCGGCGGUUACCAUGGCAAUGGUGGCAGGGAGCAGGAAGCCAGUGAGUGAACGUGACAGGAAACAGUACCUGGUGAAGCUGGACCACGAGGGAGUGACCUCUCCUAAAACAAAGAACAGCAAGGCGCUGCUGCGAUUCGGGAGCGGAGGGAGAGGAGGGAAGAGCCUCACCUCUGUGGGAGCACCACUGCGAUACAUCCACCCGUCCUCGUUAGUGAAGGAAGGCAAGAAAACUCGAGCCGAAAGAAAUAACACUGGAGCUCAGUCUGACACCCAUCUUAAAGGCGCUCCACCUCCAAGAAAGGAUCUUCUAUCGAAAGGUGGUGGAGUCAAAGGUGGAGAUUACAGUUUGGACUACGCGAGCGACUGCCCCAGCUCCUACUCCGAGCUGGACGAGGAUGAUGAAGAUGCUGGUCAAGACGUCGAGGCACGUCGAAGAAGCGCCACGGUCCCAUCGCACCGCGGCAGCCGUUUUCUGUCCCGCCUCUCCGUCUGCUUCUCCUCAUCUUCUUCCUCCUCUUCCUCGUCGGGCUCCAUCUCCUCCUCAUCCCUCUGCUCCUCUGACAACGACUCCUCCUACUCCUCUGAUGAAGAGACCUCCUCUGUGCUGCUGCGCCGCGCGCUGCUGCAGCAGGACAAACACAAGCACAGGCAGAACAUGACCUCCAAACUCCUCAACCCUGACCCCACGACCUCCAACUCCUCUCCCUCGGCCUCGGCGCCGGCUCACGGCUAUGUGGCCAAAGCCAGCAUGGCCGUGUCGGGGUCCAAGGCGAGGGUUGACAGAGCAGAAGACAGGAAGACAGAGUUUGUGUCAAAGGGAGGUAUGGGUUCUAACAGCAGCACCGCCAAGGCUCAGCUAAAGAGGAAAGAAGGAGUUCCUAACAGCCACCAUCAGAGGCAGAGCAGUCCAGUGAACCAGCAGCAGAAACCUGUCACCAAGGACCAGCCGACAGUGAAGAGGCAGAGGAUGUCAUCACCCGAGCCGCUUUCCAACAUGGCUCCCCUGCUGCAAGGACGCCAGCUGUGGACAUGGUCUGGCAACCCCACGCAGAGGCGAGGUCUGAAGGGCAAAGCCCGCAAGCUUUUCUACAAGGCCAUCGUGAGGGGCAAGGAGACGGUGCGUGUCGGUGACUGUGCCGUGUUCCUGUCACCUGGACGGCCGCAGCUGCCCUACGUGGGCCGCGUGGAGAGCCUGUGGGAGUCGUGGAGCUCUACCAUGGUGGUCAGGGUCAAGUGGUUCUACCACCCGGAGGAGACUCGCUUGGGGAAGCGACACCGCGAUGGCAAGAACGCCUUGUACCAAUCCAGCCAUGAGGACGAGAAUGACGUGCAGACCAUUUCCCACCGGUGCCAGGUGGUCAGCAAAGUCGAGUACGAUCACCUGACGCGCGACCGCAAGCCGGGCACGCCGGCGAACGACCUGUUCUACCUGGCCGGGACCUACGAACCGACCACGGGCCAGCUGAUCAGCGCGGACGGCAUGGCCAUCGUGUCUUAGAAACCACUGGCUCGAAGGAAAUCUAUAAUACUGACCCAACAACCUCUGGAGUUGACUGCCUCACGGACGGUCCCUCAGAGCAGGACAGGGGACGGCAGGCGACCAAGACACAAAAGUUCUGGUUCUACUUACGGUCUGUCCCUUGUAAGCAAAAGGAGCGAGUCCACUGGAGACAGUUCAGCAGUACUGGCACUUAAGAAGAGUCCGGCUUGUUCUGGGGAAACGUCUGACCCGUGUCGGUCAGAGAGAAAGCGUUUCAUCAGACGGGGGCUGAGGCUCGUCGUCGCAGUGAGAGUAAACUGCUUUGGGAGUUUCUCGGCGACAGAAGAACAGGAACCAAGGACAUGAGCACUUUGGAGUACAGGAGCUUGGAUACGCGACGGAGGGAGGACGGCCCAUUUUGAUUAUUUCUCUUUUUUUUGAAGACAAAGACAGAGACAGACUCGGAGAGCAGGAGAGACUGUAUGGUAAGGAGAGACUUACCGUAAACCACACUGGUUUGGAUGGUUUUUAAUGGUCUUAUACUGGUAGUUUGAUGACGACAACACGAUUGGGGAAAAGCCCAACAGGACCAAAAAGCACUGUUGAUCGGGAAUGUGUGUGUGUGUGUGUGUGUGUGCAGAGUGGCUGUGUCGCCCCCUGUUAUGAGCUCUAAGUAAAUAAUAGCGCUUCAGCGUGCGUGUGUGCGUGCGUGCGUUGUACGUACGUACGGAGUUUGGUCGCGCGCCUCGUGCUCGCCCAGCAAAGACGACAUUGCGCUGCGCCGCCGUCGCAUGCAUGUACGUCUCUGAUACUCAGAUUAUUAAUCUAUAAUUUCAGUUCUUAACGUGUAGUUCUCGCUCUUUUUUUUCCUCCUGUCAAGCCAUACACGUCAAUACCUCUCUCUCGUAUCCUACACAGGUGCGGAGACACAUGUACAGGUAGUUGGAUUGUUUAAUUUGAAGCUGCGUGUGUGAGCGAGCGUGUGUGUGCGUGUGUGUCUGUGUGUGUGUGUGUGUGUGCUUUGUACAGCAUAACGUGUAAAAUAACAUGUUGUAAAUACGUAUACAUAUAUAUUUGUUCCCAGUUUUUUUUUCUUUCGCAGAGAAAAAUUAUUUUAUUUAGAUUUUUUUAGGGUGUCUGCAGGUGGGCGGGGUUGUGGGUGGGGUUACAUCGUCUUCUCUCUUGAUGCACUGAACAGAAUUGAAUGCUUGGACUUGUACAACUCACGUGAAGACUUUGUGGUUGUAAAGCCCUAAAUAAGUAGAAAGGGUGUUUU